CCGCCCUCUUCGCCCUGCGCCCUCGCCCACGGGAGCGGGGAGCAGGGCGGAUGGCUCCGCGGCCGCGGGGGAGCCCAGCCUGGCUGCUGCCUGCGGAGGGCAGCGGGGAGCGGGGAGCGGCAGCGCGCACUGCAGCCCUUUCUGUACGCAGGCUGCCCCUUUCCUUUAAAGCAGUGCAGCCCUCCCCUGAGCAGCAGGCUCCAGCCGCGUUUGGUAUGCACGAGCCCUGCUGCUCCGAGGCAGGGGCCGCUUUCUUAGGGAGGAUCGGCGGCUACCGCAAAUCCGCCUCGCCUGCCUGCUGCCCGCGUCGCGGCCAGCCCCCGUCCCGCCUCGGGAGCCGCAGGUGCGGGCGGACGGGCCGAGCAUGGGACGUGCAGGCGGCGGCGGCGGGCUGCCUCGGUAGGCGCUGCCGGGUCCGCGGCUGACUUUUCCGGUGGGACUUGUGGAGGGCCAUGAACCAAACGGACGCUCCCCGGCCGCUCAACUGGACCAUCCGGAAGCUGUGCCAUGCCGCCUUUCUGCCCUCCGUCAGACUCCUCAAGGCACAGAAAUCAUGGAUAGAAAGAGCAUUUUACAAGAGAGAAUGCGUUCAUAUCAUACCCAGCACCAAAGACCCCCAUAGGUGUUGCUGUGGGCGUCUAAUAGGUCAACAUGUUGGACUGACUCCAAGUAUCUCCGUUAUUCAGAAUGAGAAAAAUGAAAGCAGGCUUACUCGAAAUGACAUCCAGUCGGAGAAGUGGUCCAUCAGCAAGCACACGCAGCUCAGCCCCACGGAUGCUUUUGGAACCAUUGAGUUCCAAGGAGGAGGCCACUCCAAUAAAGCCAUGUACGUACGCGUGUCUUUUGACACAAAGCCAGACCUUCUUCUGCACCUGAUGACCAAAGAGUGGCAGCUUGAGCUCCCUAAACUUCUCAUCUCUGUGCACGGGGGCCUUCAGAAUUUUGAACUUCAGCCAAAACUCAAGCAAGUCUUUGGAAAAGGCCUCAUUAAGGCUGCUAUGACAACUGGAGCGUGGAUAUUCACUGGAGGAGUAAACACAGGAGUCAUUAGGCACGUUGGAGAUGCACUGAAGGACCAUGCCUCAAAAUCUCGCGGGAAGAUCUGCACUAUUGGUAUAGCUCCGUGGGGGAUUGUGGAAAAUCAAGAGGAUCUGAUUGGCAAAGAUGUGGUCCGACCAUACCAGACGAUGUCCAAUCCCAUGAGUAAGUUGACAGUGCUCAACAGUAUGCAUUCCCAUUUCAUUUUGGCUGACAAUGGCACUACUGGUAAAUAUGGAGCAGAGGUGAAACUUCGUAGACAGCUGGAAAAGCAUAUUUCACUUCAGAAGAUAAAUACAAGAAUCGGUCAGGGGGUUCCAGUGGUGGCCCUCAUUGUGGAAGGAGGUCCCAAUGUUAUCUCCAUCGUUCUGGAGUACCUGCGAGACACUCCUCCUGUUCCUGUUGUGAUAUGUGACGGCAGUGGCCGGGCAUCCGACAUCCUUGCCUUUGGUCACAAAUACUCUGAAGAAGGAGGACUUAUCAAUGAGUCCUUGAGGGACCAAUUGCUGGUUACCAUCCAGAAGACGUUCACCUAUACCCGAACACAGGCACAGCACCUCUUCAUUAUCCUCAUGGAGUGCAUGAAGAAGAAGGAGCUGAUCACGGUAUUUCGCAUGGGAUCAGAAGGACACCAGGAUAUUGAUUUAGCUAUCCUGACAGCAUUACUGAAAGGAGCUAAUGCAUCUGCUCCCGACCAGCUGAGCCUAGCGUUAGCCUGGAACAGAGUAGACAUCGCCCGCAGUCAGAUCUUUAUUUAUGGGCAACAGUGGCCGGUGGGCUCCCUUGAGCAAGCAAUGCUGGAUGCACUGGUGUUGGACAGAGUGGAUUUUGUGAAAUUACUCAUAGAGAAUGGAGUAAGCAUGCAUCGUUUUCUCACCAUCUCCCGGCUAGAGGAAUUGUACAAUACGAGACACGGACCAUCCAACACUUUGUAUCAUCUAGUCAGGGAUGUCAAAAAGCGAGAAUAUCCAGGUUUCGGUUGGAUCUAUUUUAAGGGAAACUUACCUCCUGAUUAUCGGAUAAGUCUGAUAGAUAUUGGCUUGGUGAUAGAGUACCUGAUGGGAGGAGCGUAUCGCUGCAACUAUACCCGAAAGCGGUUCAGGACACUCUACCACAAUUUAUUUGGGCCCAAGCGGCCAAAAGCCCUGAAACUGUUGGGAAUGGAGGAUGAUGUCCCUUUGAGGCGAGGGAGGAAAACAACUAAGAAAAGAGAAGAAGAAGUUGAUAUUGAUUUGGACGACCCUGAGAUCAACCAUUUCCCCUUCCCAUUUCAUGAGCUGAUGGUGUGGGCUGUGCUGAUGAAGCGUCAGAAGAUGGCCCUCUUCUUCUGGCAGCAUGGGGAGGAGGCUAUGGCUAAAGCACUGGUGGCCUGUAAACUCUGCAAAGCCAUGGCCCAUGAAGCAUCAGAAAAUGACAUGGUGGACGAUAUAUCCCAAGAGCUGAACCAUAACUCCAGGGACUUUGGUCAGUUGGCGGUGGAGCUGCUGGACCAGUCGUACAAGCAGGAUGAGCAACUGGCAAUGAAACUGCUGACCUACGAGCUGAAGAACUGGAGCAACGCCACGUGCCUGCAGCUCGCAGUGGCAGCCAAGCACAGGGAUUUCAUUGCUCACACUUGCAGCCAAAUGCUGCUCACGGACAUGUGGAUGGGUCGUCUCCGGAUGCGCAAAAAUUCUGGUCUAAAGGUAAUUCUAGGAAUUCUACUUCCUCCUUCAAUCCUCAGCUUGGAGUUCAAGAACAAAGAUGACAUGCCUUACAUGUCUCAAGCCAGCGAGAUCCAUCUUCAGGAGAAGGAGCCAGAGGAACCAGAAAAACCAGUGAAAGAAAAAGAGGAGGAGGACAUGGAACUCACCGCAAACAGCAGGAGCUGCCCCCAGGACCCUGUCUGCAGGCAGGCAGAAGGACCUGCCUACGGGACCCAAUAUGCAGGCAAGCGGAAGGAGCAGCCCACAAGACCCACCUACAGGACCCGUUUGCAGGCAAUGCUGGGACGAGGGAAUGGAGAGUCAUCAAGAAAGAAAGAGGAAGAGGAAGUUCAGAGCAGGCACAGACUCAUCCCUGUUGGAAGAAAGAUCUAUGAGUUCUACAAUGCUCCCAUUGUUAAAUUUUGGUUUUACACACUGGCAUAUAUAGGGUACUUGAUGCUGUUCAAUUAUAUAGUGUUAGUGAAGAUGGAUCGCUGGCCAUCAACACAGGAAUGGAUUGUCAUCUCGUACAUUUUCACGCUGGGAAUAGAGAAGAUGAGAGAGAUAUUGAUGUCGGAGCCCGGGAAACUGUUACAGAAAGUAAAAGUUUGGCUCCAGGAGUACUGGAAUGUCACUGAUCUCAUAGCGAUUCUCCUGUUCUCCGUCGGGAUGGUGCUCCGUCUGCAAGAUCUGCCUCUCCGGAGCGACGGCCGAGUGAUAUACUGUGUUAACAUCAUUUACUGGUAUAUACGGUUGUUAGACAUCUUCGGAGUAAACAAGUAUUUGGGACCGUAUGUUAUGAUGAUUGGGAAAAUGAUGAUAGACAUGAUGUAUUUUGUCAUCAUCAUGUUGGUGGUUCUGAUGAGCUUUGGUGUUGCGAGACAGGCUAUUCUCUUCCCCAAUGAGGAGCCGUCGUGGAAGCUGGCGAAAAACAUUUUUUACAUGCCUUAUUGGAUGAUCUAUGGGGAAGUGUUUGCAGACCAGAUAGACCCUCCUUGUGGUCAAAAUGAAACCAGAGAAGAUGGCAAAAUAAUCCAGCUGCCUCCUUGCAAGACAGGAGCAUGGAUCGUUCCUGCCAUCAUGGCCUGUUACCUCUUGGUUGCAAACAUCCUUUUGGUGAACCUCCUCAUUGCUGUUUUCAACAAUACAUUUUUUGAAGUCAAAUCCAUAUCUAACCAAGUAUGGAAGUUUCAAAGGUAUCAGCUAAUCAUGACAUUUCACGAAAGACCAGUUCUCCCACCACCUUUAAUCAUUUUCAGCCAUAUGACUAUGAUAUUCCAACACCUCUGCUGCAGAUGGCGGAAACAUGAAAGCGACCCAGAUGAGAGAGACUACGGAUUAAAACUUUUCAUAACUGAGGAUGAACUGAAAAAAGUCCAUGAUUUUGAAGAGCAGUGCAUAGAAGAAUAUUUUAGAGAAAAAGAUGACAGAUUCAAUUCCUCAAAUGAUGAAAGAAUCCGUGUCACUUCAGAAAGGGUAGAGAACAUGGCCAUGCGACUGGAAGAAGUAAAUGAGCGCGAGCACUGCAUGAAGGCAUCUCUCCAGACUGUCGACAUCAGGCUUGCCCAGCUGGAGGAUAUGAUAGGAAGAAUGGCGACGGCCUUGGAAAAACUGACCGGUAUAGAGAGAGGUGAGACGACCAAGAUACGAUCCAGGACCUCCUCCGACUGUACCGAUACGGCCUACAUUGUGAGGCAGAGUAGCUUCAAUAGUCAGGAAGGAAAUACUUACAAGCUUCAGGAGAGCAUAGAUCCAACAGGAGAGGAGUCCAUGUCCCCAACGUCACCUACGAUCACGCCCCGCCUGCGAAGCCACUCUUUCUAUGCAACAAAUAUGAAGGAGAAGUGUGGGCUGGAAAAGUUUGAAAGCAUUUUUAAGGAAAGAUCCACGAGCCUGCACCGUGCUAGCAGUUCCCACUCCAUAGCAAAAGAAGCAAAGGUUCCCUUAGCCCCUACCAGCACUUUGUCGAUUGCCCCAGACUCCAGAAGGCCUUCAUCUUGUAUAGACAUCUACGUUUCAGCCAUGGAUGAGAUGCAGUCCGAAAUAGAGCCCCUUGACAGCUCAAUAAACAUUCUUGGUACUGGAGAUGUGGCUCUACAGGCUCACAUAGCCUCUUCCAUUUUGGCUAACAGCGCGUACAUUAGCAGUACGCCAGGUGAGAGAAUUUCCGGCAGGAGUCUUGAUUAUGAGGAAACCUCUGGAAUAGAAACAAGAGCAUUUUCUUCAGAGUAUUCACAAAUCACAGACUGCCAAAUCCCCUGGGAUUCAGACCCUCCCUUGUAUCACACCUUAGAGCGAUCUAAAAGUAGUCGCUAUCUGGCUACAACUCCAUUUAUUCUGGAGGAAACACCAAUCGUGAAAUCUCACAGUUUUAUGUUCUCUCCAUCUCGAAGCUACUUCAGCAGCCUUGGCGUCCCAGUCAAAACAGCAGAGUACACAAGUAUUACAGACUGCAUAGACACGAGGUGUGUGAGUGCUCCCCAGACCAUCGCUGAGAGGGCCAGUUUCCCUGGAAGUCUCGGAGGCAAGGUGGAGGACUUGGGAUGCUGCCACCCAGAGAGAGAAGCAGAACUAAGCCACCCAAGCUCUGAUCAUGAGGACAUCGAGGCCAAAGACAAGAAGGGGACCCCUUUAUCUCCUCAAGACGGCAGUGCUGCAAGAACUCUGACCAAUAGCAUCCCACUUCCAAAAAUAGAGCGGGCCAACAGCUACUCUGCGGAGGAGUCCAACAUGUUGUAUGCACAGCACACACGGAAAAGCUACUCUAUCAGUGACAAACUUGACAGACAGCGAAAUGCAACGGGCCUGCGAAACCCCUUCCAGAGGAGUAAGUCCUCGAGGCCAGAGAGCAGAGGGGACAACCUGUCUAUGAGGAGACUGUCGAGAACGGGAGCUUUCCGCAGCUUUGAGAGCAAGCACAGCUAGGCCUAGACAAAGCUCACAGGCAGUCUAAGGGUCAUCUGCUCUCCAGUCCAUUUUCCUUAGAAGAACUAAAUAACCUCACAUCAUCACAUGUCAACUCUAGCUGGCGUUAGCCACCAGUCAAGGGAGCACGUUGCCAGUCUCAGUAGCACCCACUGAGUUACUGCAUCUUGACCCAGUUGACAUUCGCACUUAAGGAAAAAGGGAGGGAGGAGAGCUUUAUAAAGACUUCAGCAAACAACAGGAACAACAACCCCCCUUAUGAAAACACAAGUAAUAAAUGAGUAGAUUCAGAAAUCUGUCUUUUACUAGAAGGCAUCAUAAGAUGUUUGAUGAUGAUUCACAAGUUUGUAGCACCCAGGCAUUAAUGAGCAAAAAGAGAUAUACAAAUUAUAUAUUCUAAACUUCAAUCCUGACUUCUUUUUCAUCCGUUUCACCAUUGUGAUGACUGAUGAAAAGCAUUUGUUAUUUCUGUAGAAACCGGCAGCAAGCAAACCUAAACUCUCCCAAAUCCUUCACAGCCCCACACUUGUGAAACUGAAGAAAGAUGAACAAGAUAACAACCGUAGAGUUCACUUAUCUCUUUUUGUAUUAACUUCUAGUGCCACAAAAAGUUUAUAUUUUCAAGAGCAGAAAGGGAAAUGAAAUGCCUUUUGUACUGCUACUUAAAUGGAGGAAGAAUUUAUGUUAAAAUGUCAGGUGAUUUCCUGUAUAAAACAGGCAUUCUAGAUUCUAGCACAGCUGAGCAAGCUCAGGAUGAAUGUAAUUAAGCGGAAUAGUAUAUAUUUAUUUUUUUACCACAUUUGUCAUCGAUAUGUUGUCUCACUAAAUCAAAGGAUGUGAUGGAACAGUAAGAAUAAUGUGCUGCGAGGCUGAUCAGAGCAUGGCACGGCAAUAUCAUCAGGUUCUCACUGCUCUGUUUAAUUGCUUAUACAAAUUGUGGAGGUUUAUCCACCAAGUUGCUACCAGGUUCUUCUUGCUGUUCCAUUUGAGCUGCCGAUUUUUCACAUCAUUCCCUCACCCAAAAACAUACACCUUUUUUUUUAACAUGGACAUGGCUGUAUUUGAGCAUUUCAAAGUACACAAAGGUUUGUCAUGCGAUCUGAAUUCAGAAUAACACCAUUAGACUGAAGUUGCUUAAGGGAAAAUGUUCUUGGCAGAGCACUGGAAAACAAAAAAAUAUAUAUGCUUUUAAGGUAAGUUGAAGAAUCAAAGUGAAACUUGAGGUGUCUGUUAAAAGCAAAAGCCAUCAGUUGCAAGUAUGCUUCCACUGUACAGCAACAUAUCACACAACAUGCAUUUUAGUAGGAGAAAAUAUAUCUGGCUUGUAGUGUAGUUGUAGGGUUUUGGGUGAAGUUGGACUUUACCGAUGUUCCAAGUGCAAAACUCAGUCCACAGUGUCAGUAGGAGUUUCAAACUUCUCAUGAAAAGAUACCACAGUGGUCAGAGGAGGAAGAGGAUGCAGAAGAUAAGGAAAAGCUAGAGAAGUAUAAAUAGCAUUUGGAUCACAAUUUCACGUCAUUUGUGAGGGGAAAACUUACGCUUGACGAGAGUUGAGGCUAGUGCUUUUAAAAAUUAAAACAUCUCUAAAAUGACCAACAGCUAUGCAGAGCCAGGUCCUUUUUGUUUUUAAACAUAAGCACAUGCAAGUGGGGUACAUCCCAUUUAUUAUCUUCCAAAUCUCUAAGGCAGCUUUGAAAUGGAGGCUGACAUUUUCUCACUAGGAUCUCACUUUGGGAGACUCUAAGCACUAUAUUACAGUUAAUUCUGAAGGUCAACAAAUCCCCACAUAAAAAUAAUCGUCUGCCUCAAGACAAGGGGCAAAGAAGGUAAAAACCCUUUAGGUGCCGACUCCCUUUGUUGGAAAGUUCAUGAAAUAAAGAAAUGCAACAUGGUGACAUUAAACACAACGUGCUUCGUACUUCCUGCACCGACGUGUUCCUUCCUUUAUUUUGUUUAAUCAGGCUUUCAAUGAGCUAAACUCCAUCCAGACACCGUGUUUACGCAAUUGCCUUGCAGUCCAUAUGCAGCUUUACGGUCGCAUGGUGACACUGAGAAAGGUCAGAAACUGUCCCCUUUCCGUGCGUUAUGAAGCAUGCUUGUGACAGGCUGAUUGUUGAACAAUAGCACAAAGCCCAGGGACAAAGGAACUCGUGUUUAACAAUCUGCUUCAAAUGUGCCAACUUUUGCUAGCAGCCUUUUCCUAAGGCUUCUCUAAAUCUAUCUGUCCUUGGUGGGUUUGGGGGGAUUUUGUUUUGUUUUGUUUUCUUUGUUACUUUUACGAAUGUCUCCUCAAACUGUCCGUGGACUUUUCCACCCCCAUCAUAUUAUUGGCCUAUCCUAGAGGAAUUUCACAUUUGCUAGAAAUCCCACAACAGUGAUUAGUGGAUUAGUUCAAGGUGCAGGGCUCUCCUCUGGGGUAGGUUUCAUUGCUUAGUUUGUCAGGGUAAAGGAAUUUGCCAAACCCAGAAGCUGUAUAAAUGUUUUGGAUACAGCACUUUAGUGAUCUGGAGCACACAUUCCAGGUAAAAUGGAACAGGACACUUUAUUUACCUCUUAAAAUUUGCCAUUAUAUGUAAAAUGCAAAUUCAGAUGUUAAAAGUGUGAUUGCAAGAUGUCAGACCACUACUUUUCCUGAAUGUUUCCCAUUUAUUCUGAAAUAUGGUGUCUAUAGAAUAUAUUAUGAUGGAUGUUAGAUUAUUUUAUCUUCACCUGGGUUUUUGGUUUUUUACAUAUUACAUCAAGCUGCCCCUUUUUGAAACUGAUGGCAAAACACCCAUUAUGUGCAAUGGGAUCAGUUUUCCCACUCCUGAUACUAUUAUGACAUUUCAGUGAGAGUAAAAGUCUUAUCAUCCAUCAUUGUGUAACUAUAGCAUGUGCCAUUACGACAUAUUCUGUAUCAAAUGAUAGCUUAUGAAAUAUAUACAUAUAUAUUCACAUAUAUACAUAUCUCCCAUGUAUAAUCCAGUACGGUUGUGACAUGUGAUAAUAUUAGUGAACGUUACAGGACAGUUCUAACAGCACAUUAUUAAGUCAUAUUUGUAAAUCUGUAACAUUCAAUAAAAUAACACGUGUUGCAUCGAGCAUUACGUUCCACUUUCCAUUAUACAUAUGGAAUAUGCAUUUCUGGUCACAGUGCGUAAGUUCUGUAUGGUUCACUCAUUCCUCUGUAUAGUUCCACUAUAAAUGUCUGUAUGAGCUGAUGUAUAAAUCUUUAAUGAGCCACUGUGGGCUGUGACAGGUGAGUUGUGGUAGUGUGAAAGAUGAACUGGCAUGUUAUGCAAAAGAUUAUAAGAUAAAUGAACUUUAAAUAAUAUUUUGAAACUCAACUGAACUUAGCUGUUUGUUUACAUAUGCUGGCCAACUGAGGAAGCAGUGUACAGUAUUUUAUAAAUAUUUUCCUAUAGUAAUCUGUUCUGUUGUUUCCAGUUUAAGUGAUGCUAUUCUAAAGUUGGGUAUACACGUGUCCUAGGUAUUGGACUAUAGCACAUUAUUCUUUCACAACAACUGUGUAAUAUGACUGAGGUAGUUUCUCUUCCCUACAGUCCAGUCUUUUUUUGUGUCAAUGAAAAUGCAUGCAUUGUUCCAUGAAUUUCUUUGGACUGCUAUGAGACUUAACAUUUUACUAUUGCCUGCCUGUAAAGAUGAAUCCAGUUAGGAAUGAAUUCAAGCUUUUGGAUGUUUACAUUAUUUUCCAUUAUGUUUGCUCUUUAAGCAAAGGAAGCCAAUUUUUUUUAUUAUUUUUAAAUGACAAUUAUAUUUUAUGAAAUCAAGACAUUUAAUACAAAAUGCCAACCUACAGCAGUCCUGAGACAUUUGGCUCUCUCUUUUUUGGAAGAGAUAAGGUGCUACAUUACUGUUCUUAGCACAAGUGUCAGUUAACCAAUGGCAGUGAAGAGCUGAUUUCAGAUUACAAUGAACACUGCAAGUGUCCAGCCAUGCACAUAAGGCUAUCACGCUAGGUUACAGAUAGAGGUUGCUUUUGUUUUUUCUUUUUCCAUUUAUAGAUUUCUGGUGAAAAUGGAUUUGCAUUUUUGGUGGAACAGAUACCCCUUUUUCAGGGGAUAGAUAUCUUAGUUAGGUGUAUUUUUUGUAAGAGAAGAAAAUGAUUUCUUAGAAACUGUCAGCACAUGGAAAAUGCAGCUUCGCAAAUAAUUGCUCAAAAAGACUGCUGUUUGCAGCACAAGGCCUUAGUCCAAUGACUGCAGUUAGAGCAAACAAAUGUCUCUGUUCUGAAAGCAAAAGUUAUCAAAGGUAUUAGUUUGGAGUGAGCCAGUGAAACAAAAUUCUCUCUAAACUCAUGGUGCAAAUUUUAAAAACAAGAAUAAAGGUCUUGUUAUGUUGCUCAGGUUACAUGCUUAAGACGAUUCGAUAAUCACAUGUAGGGAGAAUGUGAACUUCUUCCUGGAUUUCCCUAGAAGUACUUAAGAAGUUGUGAUGUCUUUCCCCUGCUUAAACAGAAUAAAACAUUUGCAUUUUUGCACAAACAAGCAUAUCAGUCUCGACAAAGACCACAUUCUCAGUUUCGUGAAAAGAUAGCAAGUGCAGAUCAUCUUUUUCGAAAGAAAUGGGAACACUUCCUAGCAUGAAUUUUCCCUCAUCCACCUCACAUGAGGGGACAGUCCAAAUCAGGCAAAAGCAAAGGGUCUGUGUUGGGGUACCUGCUUAUCUAAGGAAACCCUUCAGUCCUCUGAAUCAGAUCCACUGGCCUUGCCACACUUGUGCACAAAAGCACCAGUGUUGACUUUGAAGAGACUGCGCUUCUGCACACCCACGAAAGUCAUGCUGCUUUACAGCUGCUCGCAGGAGAACACGAAAGGUCACGUCCACUUCACCUCUGCCAGGCUGACCACAGCUAGGGUCUCACCAACGCUGGUGCCACUCUGCAGAAAACCCCUUGAUUUCAAUAGAGUUACUCUGAUUUUUAUGACAGGACUGAUUUACUCAUUUCUAGCUCUGCAUUACUUUGAGUCAUGACGCAGAUUAUCCUAAAUCAUCAUCCAGUGGGUGGACUAAUGACUGAGCCAUUGAGCCAGACUGGUUGUGAAACAGUCUCUGAUCUUUUAAUUUUUGCCUUAUGCGAUCCCUUUUUCAGAUCUAUUGUAGAGCCACAGAGUACUUCUUUCAAAAAGCUGUUAGGAAAAAAUGUUUGAUUAUGAAAGUGCUGCUGUUUCUGCUGCAGGGAAGUGAUAACUCUUGUUUAUUUUAGUAUUUGGGAGGGAGAGGGGACAGAAGUGGGAAUUGUCUGUGAAAUACAAUAUUAUGCCUGCACAAGAGUAAAUUGUGUUAAAGUGAUAUCCUUCUUCCGCCACUGCAGUUGUCGUACAUGAGGAGAGUCUGUAUGCUGCUACUGCUGUCUGGAACAGUGUUUGCGAUAUACUGUACUAAUAGCUAUUUAAUGGUUUAUUAUGUGGGUUAUCAUUUAUAAAUCAUAAUCAUUUAUAAAGGGAGAAAAACAAUUAAAAUGGCAUUUUAAACAAAUUCCUACAACUAUGAAGGUUUUCAAGUUUGAUUUGUCUAAACUUAUAUCACUAGGGAAAAUGGUCCUUUCCAAAGGUCUACUGGAUUCACAAUGCACUUUUAGACUGUGUUUAGAUACGUAAUAAAAAGCAGAAGUUGGCAAUUACUACUGUAGAACUUUCUGAAAUUUCUGUAACAAUUGUUUUGCAAUAAAAAAAGAUGUAGUUCAAAACA